CACCACAUCGUAGUCUUCUAGAGAACCUGGCUUGUGAGCCAUUUCUCUUAACCAUUUAUAUACUUGUAUUCAGUUUCUUCUAUCACAUUAUUACAAACCUACCUACCUAACCAUUCCAUUAUAUAUAAUUUUCUCGAUUAAGCCUCCGCUAAUCAAACCUAGUAGUUGAACUUCGCCGACUCAAGGAAAACAAAUGACAGUAAUGAAGAAGAGGAAUAAGAUAAGAUGGCAGUCUUUGUUCCCGAGCUGUGGAAAGAUUGACGACGCUUCCAAAUCAUCGUCGAAGCGUGAUGAUGAUGAUGAUGAUAAUAAGGGCGGUAGCAAUAAGAAGAAGGUUAUGGUGAAGGAGAAUUCGUUUCAGAGGUUUUUCAUGUCGGAUAUAAGCUCUUCCACCACUCUUUCGUCCGAAGACCUCUCGAAUUCGAUAGUCGGGUCGAAUCUCUAUGCGUUCACGCUUGUGGAGCUGAAGGUGAUCACGCACGGGUACUCGUCGUCGAGUUUUAUUGGGGAAGGGGGGUUCGGGCCGGUUUAUAAAGGGUUUGUGGAUGAUAAGCUGAGACCGGGUUUGAAGGCUCAGCCUGUUGCGGUUAAGCUUCUUGAUUUAGAUGGCUCACAAGGCCAUAAGGAGUGGCUGACUGAAGUGAUAUUUCUGGGACAACUGAGGCAUCCACAUUUAGUGAAACUCAUCGGGUAUUGCUGUGAAGAUGAACACAGGGUGCUGAUUUAUGAAUACAUGCCUAGAGGGAGCCUGGAAAACCAACUUUUCAGAAGAUACGCGGUGUCGCUUCCAUGGUCAACAAGAAUGAAGAUACUUCUGGGAGCCGCCAGAGGCCUUGCUUUCCUCCAUGAAGCCGAAAAUCCUGUCAUCUACCGCGAUUUUAAGGCUUCCAAUAUUUUGCUGGACUCGGACUACACAGCCAAGCUCUCUGAUUUCGGGUUAGCGAAGGAUGGUCCUCAGGGAGAUGAGACACAUGUUUCGACACGAAUUAUGGGGACACAUGGUUAUGCUGCUCCUGAGUACAUUAUGACUGGUCACUUGACAGCAGCGAGCGAUGUCUAUAGCUUUGGAGUGGUACUACUGGAAUUGCUAACAGGGCGGAGGGCAGUGGACAAGAGCCGGCCUAGUAGAGAACAAAGCUUAGUAGAUUGGGCAAAAUCUUCGUUGAAAGAACCGAGGAGGCUUAGUCGGAUAAUAGACCCAAAGCUCGAAGGGCAAUACUCAGAACAGGGUGCCCAGAAGGCGGCUGCAUUAGCUUAUCAGUGUCUAAGCUACAAGGCAAAGCUGAGACCAACAAUGAGGGCAGUGGUGGAAACCUUUGAGCAAUUACAGAAUUGUGAUGUGGUUCCAUUUGUGUAUACUGUGCCUAAGGAUAUUACUUUACACAAGGAGAGUAAAGAACAGAAAGGAGUGAAAAGCCCACUGAGCAGCCCAAGGCAGAAGCAUCAAGAUCAUCAUCUUCAUCAGGGACAUAGAAAGUGGACUAAGUCGCCAAAUUCUCCGACCAUUCAAAAGGAAAGAACUCAUGACAAAAGUCUGAAUCCUGGGUUCACCAGUCCAUUGAGACAUGGACUAAAAUAAUUAAAAGGCUACUUAUGUAUUGUAAAUAGAAAUAUAACCCAUGAUGUUCAUGGUUUGAGAAGUGUAAGAAUUGCUAUGAGGCAUACAUUGUUUUAUUCUAUAUUUAUCAAUGAAUCAAAGUUCAGAUUUUAGGUAUA